UCUGCCUUCUUGUUCAGAUCCAAUCAUCCCAAACGCAGAUCCGGUGCAUUGCGGUAGACAAGCUGCUGGAGGCCUGAGGCAACCACAUCGUCACACUCCAAUUCAAGUUUCCCCGCGGCGCGCUACGCGUGGGCCGUAAACCAUCGACUACCCUCAGCGGCCUCCCCAAGAUGCCUAGAGAAAUAAUCACGAUCCAAGCCGGCCAGUGCGGCAACAACGUCGGUGGCCAAUUCUGGCAGCAGCUCUGCCUGGAGCAUGGAAUCAGCCAGGAUGGAAACCUGGAGGAGUUCGCAACGGAGGGCGGCGAUCGCAAGGAUGUCUUCUUCUACCAGAGUGACGAUACCCGGUACAUUCCUCGAGCGAUCUUGCUAGACCUAGAACCCAGAGUCCUUCACGCCAUCCAAUCCGGUCCCUACAAGAACAUUUACAACCCCGAGAACUUCUUCAUCGGACAACAAGGCAUUGGUGCGGGGAACAACUGGGGUGCGGGUUAUGCUGCCGGCGAAGUGGUGCAAGAGGAAAUCUUCGACAUGAUUGACCGUGAAGCAGACGGGAGUGACUCGCUGGAGGGGUUCAUGUUUCUACAUUCCAUUGCCGGCGGUACUGGCUCUGGACUGGGCAGUUUUAUCCUGGAGCGAAUGAACGACCGGUUUCCGAAGAAGCUCAUCCAGACAUACUCCGUCUUCCCGGAUACGCAGUCGGCGGAUGUCGUGGUCAACCCGUACAACAGUUUGCUUGCGAUGAGAAGAUUGACCCAGAAUGCCGACUCUGUGGUGGUUUUGGAUAACGGAGCACUUUCGAGGAUCGUUGCAGACAGACUUCACGUGCAGGAGCCCUCAUUCCAACAGACGAACCAACUGGUUUCUACCGUCAUGUCCGCGUCGACCACCACCCUCCGUUAUCCCGGGUACAUGCACAAUGACCUCGUUGGGAUCAUCGCUUCCCUCAUCCCGACGCCUCGCAGCCACUUCCUGAUCACGUCCUACACGCCGUUCACGGGCGACAACAUCGAGCAGGCGAAGACGGUGCGGAAGACGACGGUGCUGGACGUCAUGCGACGUCUGUUGCAGCCCAAGAACCGCAUGGUCUCGAUCAACCCCACGAAAUCCAGUUGCUACAUGAGCAUUCUCAACAUCAUCCAGGGCGAAGCCGAUCCGACCGACGUGCACAAAUCCCUGCUCCGAAUCCGCGAGCGGCGAUUGGCGUCGUUCAUCCCCUGGGGCCCCGCCAGUAUCCAGGUUGCCCUGACCAAGAAGUCGCCGUACAUGCAGAACACGCAUCGGGUCAGCGGACUGAUGCUGGCGAACCACACGUCGGUCGCAACGUUGUUCAAGCGGAUCGUCCAGCAGUACGACCGACUGCGGAAGCGAAAUGCAUUCCUGGAACAAUACAAGAAGGAGAGCCCAUUCACGGACGGGCUGGGCGAAUUCGACGAGGCGCGCGCCGUUGUCAUGGACCUGGUCGGGGAGUACGAGGCGGCGGAGAAAGAAACGUACCUGGACCCCGACGCCGGGAAGGAGAAAGAAAUGGGCGUGUAGUUUCAUUUAUUUUUUCAUCUGGUGUUUUUUCUUCUUCUUAGCUGGUGGUUUCACGGGCGAUCUGGUGCGUUGCGAUUGGCACAUGGCGUUUCUACCACGGAUUUGCGUUUCCCUUUUGCUGUCUGAUAACCCUGGGGGUCCUAAGUUUACCGAUUUCAUCCAUACAACUCUGAUCACGUCAACGAAAGAAAU